AUGUCUGAGACUCCUGCUCAGUGUAGCAUUAAGCAGGAACGAAUUACAUAUACACCUCCGGAGAGUCCAGUGGCCAGCUAUGGGUCCUCAACUCCGCUUCAUGUUCCAGUGCCUCGAGCGCUCAGAAUGGAGGAAGACUCGAUCCACCUGCCAGCGCACCUGAGCUUGCAGCCGAUUUACUGGAGCAGAGUUGACGUAGCCCAGUGGCUCAAGUGGGCGGAAAACGAGUUUUCUUUAAGGCCCAUUGAGAGCAACACGUUCGAAAUGAACUGCAAGGCGCUCCUGCUGCUGACCAAAGAGGAUUUCCGCUACCGAUCUCCUCAUUCAGGCGAUGUGCUCUAUGAGCUCCUCCAGCACAUUCUGAAGCAGAGGAAACCUCGCAUUCUCUUCUCACCUUUCUUCCACCCUGGGAACUCUAUCCACACGAAGCCGGAGGUGCUGCUGCAUCAGUACCAUGAAGAAGAUAACUGUGUCCAGAGGACGCCCAGGCCACCUGCAGAGAGAGUGCACCACAACCCUCCCACCAUUGAACUCUUACAUCGCCCUAGGUCACCCAUCACCACAAACCACAGGCCUUCUCCUGACCCCGAGCAGCAGCCCCUGGGGUCCCCUCUGGACAACAUGAUCCGCCGCCUCUCGCCAGCUGAGAGGGCCCAGGGGCCAAGGCUCCAGCAGGAAAACAACCACCAGGAGUCCUACCCAUUGUCAGUCUCUCCUAUGGAGAAUAAUCACUGCCCAGCAUCUUCGGAGUCCAACCCGAAGUCCUCCAGCCCCUGGCAGGAGAGCACCCGAGUGAUCCAGCUGAUGCCCAGUCCCAUCAUGCACCCUUUGAUCCUGAACCCCCGGCACUCAGUAGAUUUCAAACAGUCCCGGCUCUCCGAAGAUGGGAUGCAUAGGGAAGGGAAGCCCAUCAACCUGUCUCAUCGGGAGGACCUGGCUUACAUGAACCACAUCAUGGUCUCCGUGUCCCCGCCUGAAGACCACGCCAUGCCCAUAGGGAGAAUAGUAGACUGUAGACUGCUUUGGGAUUACGUCUAUCAGUUGUUUUCCUAUGGAAAUAUAUCUAUUAUAUAUAUUAUUUUUUAUGCAAAUCUCACAAAGAACGGUCAGCUCAGCUGGUCAGGAAAGAGAGUUGCAGAAGGGAUCAGGCUCCUCUUUCUCCUGCCACAUGGAUCAGAUGAUGAGGCCUGCCUUAUCAACCACCGCUUGUCUUCCUUUGUGUCUUCCACACCCUGA